CCGGAAAGAAAAGAGACAGCGUCAAUGAUACUAACUGUAUUGUAAAGAGCUCGGAACUCUGAUAGAAGAUAGAAUAGGUAGGUUCAGGUGGAAAAGAAGGGCAGAAAUAUGCUGAUAGGGAUCGAUGCAGUACAGCGGCGUACUUGCAGUACUGUAAACCGCCUUCAGCCGAGGUCAACAAAACAUCAGGCUCUCCAACAUGCCUCUUGACACCUUUCUGAGCAUACUUGGAGCUGAAAUUGAAGAUGCGGAAGAAGGUAGGUUGCUCAUCAGAGGGGAAGAUCAGCUUUAGCUAAGUAUUCUUCUAGAGUCAUUUCUACUCUUUUCCCAAUCUAUUCCAUCCCAAGACCUGGGCUUUGUGAAUUCGAAAGCCACAUCGUUAGAGUUGACGAUUGGUGAUCGAGAUCUGGUGAUUCAGCAGUCGCCAACUAUUCUUUCCUCAAACCGAGGUGGGGGAACUACCGGUGCAGGUACCGAUUCCUGCUCAUUCUUGCUUUGAAAUCUCUUGCUGAUACUCGACAGUCGUUUGGAAAAUUACUCCUCUGCUCGCUUCUUGGAUCUCCUCGCCAGCAAACAUUCUCUUCCAGCAACAAAUCUUGAACAAGGAAUCGGCAAUUCUAGAACUAGGCUGCGGUAUGUCCGCAAUUAUCGGUCUUGCACUUGGCCCAAGGGUUGCAUCUUACGUCUUGACAGACCAGCAAUACGUUGCAAAGCUGAUUUCCCAGAAUCUUGAAGCAAACCGCUUAUCUACAACAUCUUCAGACAAAAGUGGCAACAACCACACCAAGAAUAAGAAAGCAUCUAGCUCAGCGAAGAAAACAGCCCAGACCAGCAAUGUCGUAUUUCGCCCUCUAGAUUGGGAGACCGACGAGGUCACAGCUUCGUUAACUGGAUCCGAACAUCAGCGCAGUUUUGAAGUUAUACUGGCUUGUGACUGCAUCUAUAACGAUGCUCUCAUCAAGCCAUUGGUUCAGACGUGUAUUGAUGCUUGCAAACUCAGAGAUCUGGAUACUUCCAAAGUUGGAACAAACCUAACGGUCGUUGUUGUAGCUCAACAACUUCGUUCGGACGAGGUUUUUGAAUCAUGGUUGAGGGAAUUUAUGCAAGCGUUUAGAGUCUGGCGGAUGCCGGAUGAGAAACUGAUAGAAGGCCUCAAAACAGAUUCUGGAUUUGGCAUUCAUAUUGGAGUUCUUCGUUAGCAAGUAGUCAAUAG